AUGUCUACUUCACAAUUAUACGGAUGUUAUUUAAAUAAGGAAUUUCCAAAUGUGGAAUUGAACAAUAUUUUGAUAGAGGGGAUCUCAGCUAGCAUGCUUGCACUCAAAUUUGAUCCAACCCAAAAUCGUUUCGCAAAUUGUAAACCAGACAUAAGCUUUAUGUGUUGUAGGUUUACAAAUAAGGGAAAACAUCUUCCUUGGCCAUGCAAGAAUCAACAUUGCAUUUAUUAUGUUAUUAGCGAAAUUGAGAAACUAAGGAUAUACCAUUUUCAAUCAAGCCUAUGCAAUAAACUACUUCUUACUCAGAUACUCAUAGCUGGAAUAUUAAAACCACUUUCUAAUUUAUGCUUACCAAUCUAUUUCAAUUAA